AUGGCGGUGCAGGGGUCCGUGCCUUGCCUAUUGACAUGGGGCACAUGGUGCCUGCGCCCGCGCAGAGCCGUGGCUGCCGCAGACAUGAUAUUCUAUUCGAAGACCUUCUUUGACCUCGACACCUGCAGCCAGCUGUACGGCUCGGCGUUUCCUCGGGCGCUGUUCCUGGCACUGCUGGGCACUGCUGCAUCGUGCGCAGUCUGGUUCGGCUUCGACCAUGAUGACGUCCGGAAAUGGUACUCCGCUCAGCCAAUACCGUUCGAGAUUUUCGCGUUCGUGGUCACCUUCGCGCUCGUCUUCAGGAAUAACCUAGCAUAUGUACGCUUUUGGGAGGGGAGGACACAACUUCAGCUGAUGACUUCGAAGCUGACGGACGUUGCAAUCAUGGUAUUGAUAUUCGACAGAGAAACACUACCCCGUGGCAGUGGCAAGAUCAGCUACCAGAGAGCCAGGGUGUUUGGAGAGUCGUUCCUACACUUUAUCAGCCUCUUGCAUGCUGUGGCCCUGCAGUCGUUGAGGCUGGAUUGGGACCUGGACAACUUGUGUGAGCACGACCAUGUCAAGGGAAUGCCGCCCGCCACCAUCACCCUGCAGCGCAGCAUGAAACGGGCAGCCGUUCGAAAGUGGUGUGAACACAAGCCAUGGUGGAAGAGGUUGAGGUUUGCUGUUCUUGCUGGGAACAGUUGGUUUCCAACAGACAUGUUUCAUCUGAGAUGGCACCCAGUGGAGAUGAACUGCCUGAACAAAAUGCUUCCACUGGGGGUUGUCGCUGGUGUCACAGAGAAGGAAAAGGUGGCACUGGGGAAGGGUUGGCCUGCUGCAAGAGCCACAAGUCGAGGUCACCCGACACAGGACGGCAUUGGGGUGCCUGGACCAUCAGAGCGUGUGCAGGUUGUGUACAAGUGGAUCUGUGACCUCAUCCUGGAUCGUCGCAGGGAGGGCGGUCUGCGCGUCGAGCCACCGCUGCUGACUCGCUGCUUCCAAGUGCUGUCGCAAGGCAUGGAGGGUUAUGCCCAGUGCAGAAAGUUGGCAGAGACCCCCUUUCCAUUCCCCUAUGUCCAGUUCAUCAUCGGAGGCCUGGUUGCGUUCAGCAUCAUGUUCUCCAUCACGGUGAACUCGUACAUACACGUGCUGCCACUGAAUCUGGCGAUCACAUUCAUGACUAUGAUAUGCUACUUCGCAUUGAAUGAAUUGGCUAAAGACAUGGAAGAUCCUUUCAUCCAUGCUCCAAAUGACCUGCCGAUCGCCCGCUACCACUACAAAUUCAAUGAGCGCAUCGUGGCAAUGGCCAGAACUAAACGGCCAGCAAGCCACUCUGAGAUGUGCAUUGUUCGAUUGAGGACACUGAGGGAAGAAGCAUGUGGAAGUUGGGGAGUGAGCAAGAGAUCGAUGUCCUUGACUGGUGCAAAGAUGGAUGGCCGGGUGGGAGGCCCUCCAUUGGAUACUGACCUACCUAAAGGACUGUCGGUGGGACUGCCUGACAUCAUGCAAAUGGAUCCAAGACCAGCUGAUUCUGCCACCUUGUCUAUCAGCGAAUUACAAAUCGACACGAUGGGGUCGGGUGACCAGCAGCACUUGCUUGGUGACCUCAAUCCCCUCUGA